UCGCAGUGCACGAGCAGCCCUCAGCUGAUGGGAGGGUCGCUGCCUGCAGACAGGAGACAGGCUCCAUGGCAACAAUCAUGGCAGAGGCAGAGACCCGUCAGAGGCUGCUGCGCACCGUCAAGAAGGAGGUGAAGCAGAUCAUGGAGGAAGCUGUCACGAGGAAGUUUGUUCAUGAAGACAGCAGCCAUAUUGUGUCCUUUUGUGCUGCGGUGGAGGCAUGUGUUUUGCACGGCUUAAAGCGUCGAGCAGCCGGCUUUCUGCGUAGCAACAAGAUAGCAGCUCUCUUUAUGAAGGUGGGGAAGAGCUUCGCCCCGGCUGAGGAGCUGUGUAGAAAGGCCCAGGAGCUGGAGCAGAUCAUCGAGACAAAAAGAAGUCAAAGUUUGCAAAGUCAAGAUGGUCUUCGCAAAAUGCCUCGACUGCCCAGCCUCACACCUCAGGGAGUCAGAAACCUGUGGAUCCGGACGGCUCUAUUUGAGAAGGUGCUGGACAAGAUUGUCCUCUACCUGGUGGAGAAUAGCAGUAAAUACUAUGAGAAGGAGGCUGUUCUAAUGGACCCUGUGGAUGGACAUAUUCUUGCCUCUUUGUUAGUGGGACCCUGUGCCUUGAGUACACAAAGAUGAAGACAGCAGACCACUUUUUGGACAGACCCAUCUGCUGACGAGUUGGUACAAAGACACCGCAUCCAUGGUGGCCACUGCAGACAGGAUUCUCCCCUAAAAGGCCUGCACUGUGUAUCCAGAAGCGGCACUCCAGCAGCAGCAUGGAUGAGCGACCUUCCCCUUCGCCAUCAGCUCGUGAAUAUGUGGAAUCACUGCAUCAAAACAACAGAGUGACCCUACUGUUUGGCAAAAACAAUGUGCUUGUACAACCGAGGGAUGACAUGGAAGCCAUCCCAGGCUACCUCUCUCUGCACCAGAACGCUGACAUCAUGACCCUGAAGUGGACGCCCAAUCAGCUAAUGAAUGGCUCUGUUGGGGACUUGGACUACGAACGCAGUGUUUACUGGGACUAUGCCAUGACAAUCCCUCUAGAGGAGAUAGUUUACUUGCACUGUCAUCAACAAGUUGACAGUGGAGGAACAGUGGUGUUGGUCAGUCAGGAUGGGAUCCAAAGGCCUCCACUUCGCUUCCCCAAAGGAGGCCACCUGCUCCAGUUCCUCUCAUGCCUGGAGAACGGCCUGCUCCCUCAUGGCCAGCUGGAUCCUCCUCUCUGGUCCCAGAGGGGAAAGGGAAAGGUGUUUCCUAAGCUGCGAAAGAGGGUUCCUCAGGGAUCCGGAUCUUCAGACUCAGUCUCUGACAAGGAGGAGGACGAGGCCACAGACUACGUCUUCCGCAUCCUCUUUCCAAAUAGCCAGUCAGAGUUUGUGACUCCUCCAGACUUGAUGGAUCAGGGUGCCACAAUGUGGCAUCCCACUCUCAGGAAGGCUUCGUGUUCCUCUUGUUCUCAGGGGAGCUUCUCGGAUGGUAUGACACCCAAGGGGUGCAACCAUGAGAGGACUCCUCUGAAAUUGCUGUGCGACAACAUGAAGUAUCAGAUCAUCUCUCGGGCGUUUUAUGGCUGGUUGGCAUACUGUCGUCACCUGUCCACUGUGCGUACACACCUUUCUGCUCUUGUCAAUCACACCAUCGUGGCCCCCGAUGUUCCAUGUGAUGCCUACAAAGGGCUCACCACAGAUGUGUGGCAGACGUUUCUCCAGGACUGCACAGCCUAUGAGGAGAAGGAACUGCUUCGCCUGGUCUACUUUGGUGGUGUUGAGGCUUCCCUGCGUAAAGAGGUGUGGCCUUUCCUGCUGGGUCAUUAUCAGUUUGGGAUGUCAGAAGAAGAGAGGAAGGAGGUGGAUGAGAAGGUCCGUUUGUGCUACCAGCAGACCAUGUGUGAGUGGCUCAGCUGUGAGGAGAUAGUCAAGCAGCGGGAGAAGGAGCAGCACGCUGCAGCUUUAGCGAAGUGCUCCUCUGGAGCAAGCAUAGACAGCUCCAGCCAGAAGAUGGUCCACCAUGACUCAACUGUCAGCAACGAGUCCUCCCAGAGUUCAGACAGGCAGAGUCUGGCUCGCCUGCAGAGUGACUCCAGCAGCAGUACACAGUUCUUCACAUCCUCCCAUCCCUUCCCCUGGAGUAGCCUUCUUCCCUUUGGCUUGUUCUUUCAGGUGUUUGAGUCUGUGGAGGAGGUGGACCAGAUUGAGAUGGAGCCCAAGAAUGAGGAGACCAAACAGGCGCCAAAGAUGCCAAAUGGGGCUCUGCAGAAUGGGACGAGCUCUCCUGACUCUGGACAUCCCUCCUCCCGCAACUUCUCUGUCACCUCAGGCCUGUCGGAAGGCUCACUUAGUACAGAGGACAGCGCUGCACAUGAUCUGACUCAGAGAUCUACAACUAUCAAACCUGGAGGGGUAGAGAGUGAAGGUCUGACUGAGGAAGUGGACAGCCAGAUGAAAGGUAAAGGGAAGGACCUAAAGGAGGAGGAGAAAAGGCAGGAAACUGCAGGAAACACUGACAGUGAGAGAACAGGGGAUAUCAUGAUCCAACCCUUGGAAGAGGGGCUUGUGAAGGACGAGACAGAAAAAAGCAUGCAACCCAAAUCACAACAAGCUUCUCAGGAGCCUGGAGUUAUUAAUAAAGAAGAAGAUAAAGACCUAGAUGCAUUAGCAGGCUUCAAAGGAGCUGAAUGUGUAGAGUCACAGGAAACAAAAAAAGAGGUGUCUAAUGAGGAUGCUGCUGAGACUCUGAUGGUCUCAGCAGCUGCAACAGAAAUAGUUGGAGAACUCAAUGAGCAAAGAGAAGGUGUGGAAAAGAGUAAUGAGGAAACAUCAAAGAAAAUUGCAGAAACAAAUGAAGAAAAGACCAAGGAAAUGGACCAAUUAAAUUCAAGUCAAACACAGGAGAUUUCUUUGAAUGAGUGCAAAGAAAAUGUAACAGAACCAGUAGCUUCUGAAGUUGAAAAGAGCCUCAAUUUCCUAGCAGACACUGGGGUAUCACAAGCAAGGGAACCUUACAUUAUUCCUCAAAAAGAGGAGGCUCAGGUCAUGACUGAAUCCGAUGAGUCUCCCUCUGCCAUAGAGAUGGAGGAGAUCCCCACAGCCAAAGUUUCCAUGGUGCCUUGGAGCAGGAAAGGGCGCUGUGAAGUGCCGUCUUUUUCUGAGGACUCCACCCCUAAUGUGGAGCUCAGGGAGGAGGGGGAGCAGGAGAAGCCCAGUCCAGAAGGCACAGAGUCCAUCCUGUCCGAGGAGCCGGAGAUGGAAAGCCUUUACCCUCAGUUUGAUUCUGUGGCAGGGUCUGAAAAACCGAAGAAUGAAGCAACCCAUCCUGGGUCUUCUGAGGGAGCCUUCUCUCAAGAGCUUUUGGACCUGUAUACAUUAAAUCUGCACCGCAUUGAUAAGGAUGUCCAGCGCUGUGACAGAAACUACUGGUACUUCACUCCUGCCAACUUGGAGAAACUGCGUAACAUCAUGUGCAGCUAUAUCUGGAGGCACCUUGACAUCGGCUACGUGCAGGGCAUGUGUGAUCUGCUCGCUCCUCUUCUAGUCAUUCUGGACGAUGAGGCCCUAGCCUUCAGCUGCUUUACUGAGCUCAUGAAGAGGAUGAAUCAGAACUUUCCACAUGGAGGAGCUAUGGACACUCACUUUGCCAACAUGCGUUCUCUAAUCCAGAUCCUGGAUUCUGAGCUGUUUGAAUUAAUGCACCAGAAUGGAGACUACACCCACUUCUACUUCUGCUACCGCUGGUUUCUUCUUGACUUCAAGCGAGAGUUGGUAUAUGAAGACGUGUUUUCAGUCUGGGAAACCAUCUGGGCAGCUAAGAACAUCUCCUCCAGUCACUUUGUCCUCUUCAUCGCUUUGGCAUUGGUGGAGAUCUACAGGGACAUCAUACUGGAGAACAACAUGGACUUCACUGAUAUCAUUAAGUUCUUCAAUGAAAUGGCUGAACACCACAACAUGAAGCAGAUUCUGACCCAGGCCAGAGAUCUUGUCUGUAAAGUGCAGAUACUUAUAGAGAACAAGUGAUCACUCUGUUUGUCUUCUUUUCCUUCCAAGUGAUGUGCAAACGGCUGUAGCAGCAUCAGAGUUAAAUACUUAUGAGCACACACAAACACACAGACGUUACACAAGGCCUUUACAAUCACAGUUUGCUGCUAUGAGCCUUAUUAACUGUACCCACAAUGUUGUUUGUGUUGUCAACAGCUGUAAAAGAAUAUUUUCCUUCGUAUUUGUCAGUAUGUUUGAGUGAAAAACAAAUCUAUCAGAAAAAAUAAUGCUGGUUUAAUUUUUAAAUAUUUUUGUCAGAGAUCC